AUGCUUUUGAACCCGUUCCGACCAUGUGAGGGCUCGCCAACCUUCCUAGAGGAAUAUCGAGGCAACUACGUGCCAAAGGUUAUCAAAACCGGAUAUGGCCUCCAGGUUGUGGCGCCGGAUACUCCCUAUGUGGCAGCAGCCGGUCCAAACAAGUUAUACUUCAUCGACACCCGGUUCGACGCUGAGACUGCGAAGCACGUGAAACAACAGAUCGAAAAGGAAACUGUGCCCGACCCAGAAGAGUACAUCGCUAUAGACGAGGUUUCGGCUACAGCAGAAUUGAAAAACUCCGUGACCGGCGAAACGACAUUCGUGUUUGACGCCUCCUAUGCCAGGGUACUGUUUGCAAAGGGAAUAAACAGGCACAACCCAGAAAUCAAACUGCCUGAGCAUGAGCCCGCCGGCGAUUGGUUGGUGACCUACGACCUGGACAAGAUACUUGCGAAGCGAAAUGACUCCUGCUACGAUCUUGGCUGCCACUCUAACUAG